AUGAGUUUAAUUACUCCAAAAAUAUUUUGCCAAGAUCAUAGGGACAUUACUGUUUCUCUAUUGAAUUUAACAACCUGUUAUUAGGAAAAAAUAUUGUAUUGCUAUCGAUGUAAUCUAAAUUAGAAAUCAAGUUUAUAUUGUUUAGAGGAUAUCUUUUGUUUUGUAAAUUCUCUAAAGAAAUCUGAACAAGAAAGCAUUGCAAAGAUAACAUAGGAUAAGGAAAAAUUAGUUUAAAUUAAAAAUUCUAUAAAUUAGAUAUCAGCAUAUUAUAAUAAAUUGGAAAAAGAGCACCAAGAGUUACUAGAUUUGGUAAUAAAGAAUCAAAUAAUCAAAAAAAACGAUCAGAUAGAGAUUUUUUUACAAAAAUAAUAGUUAUGUGACUAAAAGGAAUUGAUAUAAUUAGCAGAAUAAGUCAGUCAUAUAAUCAAAUAAAAUAGUGAUAAACUUGAAUUAUUAGAAGGAAAAUCUAUUAAAUAUGAUGAUUAGCAUUAGUAAUUAAGAGAGAAAAUUAAAUAUCUAUAAGAAUAAUUAAAAAAUGUUAAUCAGUAUUUAAUUGAUGAUGGUUAAUCAAUAAUUUUUCUUAAAUAUCCCUCAUUAUAUAAGUUAUAGGAAUAAAAAAAAAAAUAAAAUUUUGAAUUUUUGAAAAUAGCAGAAAUAUAAUUAGAGUAAACAAAGAUAUAUGAUGUAAAAUUUAAUAAAAAAAAUAAUUUAUUUGUUCUUGGAAGUUCAAAAUUAAAGGAUUGUAAUUGUUAUGCAUAAAUAUGGAAAUGCGAGAAAGGUUUGGUGUAAAAAAUAUAAGAUUUAAACAAUAGUCAUUCGAAUGAUGUAAAAUGUAUCUGUUUUUCAAUAUCAGAUGAUUCUUUCUUCACAGGAAGUUAAGAUAGUAAAAUAAUAUAUUGGAAAAAGGAAUCCUCAUAAUGGUAUAAAGACUAAGUAUUAGAGGGUCAAUCAAAUGGCAUCAUGAACUUAUCCUUGAAUAAUAAAGGAAAUUUUUUGGCUGCUAUAUCUAUUAAUAUACAUUUAUGGACAAAAUAAUCUUAAAAAUGGGAAAAAGCAUAAAUUUUGAAUGAAUGUAGAAAAUAUUUUUUGUGUCUGAAUUUUAAUAAUGAUGAUUCUUACUUAGUAGCUGGUAGUUCAGAUUGUAAGAUAUAUAUUUAUAAAUUUUAAAAUGGUUAAUGGAAAUUUUAAAAUAUAAUAAAAGAUCAAUCACAGGAGGUUAAUUUUAUAACUUUUUAGAAUGAUUUGAAUUUGAUGGGUAUAUUAAAGGAUAAUAAUAUGAAUUAUUAUUACUCAAAAAAUGAUGGCUUUGAGUUAAAAUAUACUCUUUAGCUUCCAGCUCAUUAAGUUAGUUAUAGUAAAAAGAGAUAAACUUUAAUAGUUUCAUCAGGUACAACUAAGGAAACCUCAAUUUAUUAAAUAGAAGAGUAAGAAGGAAUAAAGAAAAUUAAAUCUAUGUAAGUAAAAAGUGAAUAAGUAUAUCAAUCAGAUGAUGGGAGUUUUUUAGCAAUUCUAGCAGAUUAAAGAUUAUAAUUUUAUUAAGAACUAAUUGAUUAUUGA